AUGAUAUAUGAAAAUGGAUUAACUGUUGAAAAGGACUUGGCUGAAGCACUGGAAUGGUAUUUGAAAGCUGGUGAAAAUGGUGAUCUAACUGCUCAAGUAAAUCUUGCUCGGCUCUACCGUGACGGUGAGGGAGUUGAACAAGAUUAUUUGAAAUCAUUCGAAUGGAAUAUGAAAGCUGCUGAAGCUGGGGAUGCAGAAGCUCAAGUUCACAUUGGCUAUGCAUAUGAUAAGGGUCUAGGAGUUGAACAAGAUUUUUCGAAAUCAUUCGAAUGGAAUUUGAAAGGAGCAGAAAAUGGGAGCCUAGAUGGUCAAUUUAAUGUUGGACUUUUAUUGGAACUGGGGGAUGGAGUUGAAAAAAACAUCAAGAAAUCUGUGUUUUGGAAAUCAAAGUGUUUUAAUAGGUCAAAAUGUUUUGACUUUGUAGAAGAACCUUACGAGCAGUUUGCUAUGCAAUAUUUUACAUCAAAUACUGAGGAUUGGAAUCAAUCCUCACCAAAUAGUGACAAAGAACACGUAGUCGUACGAUUUGAAGAGAAGGAUUUCACACUUUCACAAAAGCAUUUAAAGCAUUCAAAAUAUUUAUCAACCAUGAUGAAUUCAAAUUGGAAAGAUUUCAAUGUCAAAGAGAAAAACCGAACCAUACUUGAUUUGAGAACCAUUCAAAAUGAUAUAUUUCAAGAACAAACAGAUAUCAUUCAAAUAUUUAAUAAUUAUGUGAACUACUUAACAAAUGAAAUAUUACCACCAGAUUUUGACAUGAAAUUGAAAUUAAUUGAACUGUCAAGAUAUUUACAAGAUGACGGAUGUAUAUUGAAUAUUGUCAAAGAAGCAAGUAUUCUGCAGAGAUUUUACAUUCUUUUGAUAUUAGAAAUUAUUGUUGAACCUAUUCACAUUGCAAUUACUAGUUGUUUUGCAGCAGAAACUAAAUUUAAAAUCAAUGAUCUCUCAGAAAAUGUUAUUGAAAAAUUACUCACUCAGUCUGGCCUAUCUCAACAUGGAAAGGACGAGAUUUAUAAUGUAUUUAAAGAAAAAUUCAAUGGAUAUCCUAUAGCAAUCAGGCAUCCAAAAUAUCUCAUCAGGAGACCAAAACCAUCCAUUGGUAUCCAUUUUUUUGAAAUAUAUUGGGCUUACAAAGAUGCUAUCAACUUUGUGAAUGAAAACUCCAUCUGGUCUGUGAGGACGAUUGGAAAAGACAUCUACAAUGAAUUGAAAUUGAGUGGCAGACCAUCUCUUAGAGAAUAA